AUGUCCCAUCCCAACGACGAGAUCGAGAAGAGAAGCAGGGCUAUCACUCAUACGGCCACACAACUGAAAGCACCGGAUUCCUGGGGUAUCUCCGAUACCAAGCUGUUCUUGCAAGAAAUAUCCACUGGAGCUGCCGUUACGAGACACUGUGCAGCCUUCGAGAUCCACGUCCAGGGCCUGCCAGUAUGGCUUCGCAACAUUGAUUUCAUCCGGUCCGCCACCAUUCGUGGCUCACGUAUGCGACGAAUCAAGGUUCCAAAGAUCAUGGACGACCUCAACAUGUUCAGGCUGUCCGGACUGGCCACCUUCAUCGUCUUGUGCUGUCGUUACAGUGAAGACGAAGAUAACAUUAACAAAAUGGUCGAGCUGCUCGUGGUUGGUGAGCUAGGUACCAUAAUAAAGAUCGAUAGGGAUCUUUAUCCUCAAGUACCGUACACUUUCAAGGGCCACAUCGGUACCUUCAUCACGUCCUGCCUGGAUGCCGAUCGAGAUUCAGAUACAUCCCGUCAAGUCAACACCUGGAUGGCAGAGCUUCACGAUUUCGGCGAACUCACUUGGCACAGUAAAGACUUGUUCAUUCGAGAAAAACAAGCAAGCAUUGACCUCAUGAAAGAGCUGUUCGGAGCAGCAGGCCUCGAGGAGGACAUGGCCCGGCGUGCGGGACAGUCGUCCCAAGCGUCAGCCACAGACGACCAAGCUGGAGGCUGGGCCAAGAUUCACAAUACGCUUCACUUGACAACUGCAUAUAUCGCACUUGCGGCAGCUGCUCAUAAAGCCUGUGUUGUUGUCGAAUGCAUAUCAAGCCGCGGAUCGAAAAGUUUCCCGAAGGAACUGGACUCGGAGGAGCAGAAAACCGCGUUCCUUGUCCGACUAUGGCUGGUCCAGCCUCCAGAACACGUACGAAGCAUUCUACGGCAGUCAGGUCGCACUUUCACGUCCGACGUCGAGAAUCAGCAUGACAUGCGUGAGGAUGGCGACGAGGAAGUAGUUGUGGUGGGCGGAACUCUCGAGCUUGCUACAUGGAUUGCAAGAAAGCUUGAGUUCAGGAUCAGCCUCACUGAAAACAUGGAAGCAGAAUCAUUUCUUGAGCUAUGGAGAGCUGGAGUCGAGUACGGCAAGAAGCUGCGCUGGUCAACCAAAAGACGUUUGUCAACCGCGACUUUCGGGAUACUUCUUUUCGCCCUUGAAACCCCCGAGCAACGUUCCAACUUGCCAGUCGAGGCAUUGCCUCUAUGUAAAGCUUUGCUCAGCAUAGAUAAACGACUGAGGCCUGUUGCGAGGGACGUUGCCAAGAUAGUCCAUGGGUUCUAUCGUCUGGACGACUAUUCCUCCUUCCUUGGGGAAGAUGAAGGUGUCGCCGAUUCGGAGUACGUGAAGGCGAUGCACUUCGUCAUAACCUCGAUCUCCAUCCAGGCUCUAUGCAACACCAUGAACCCAGUUGGCGACAGCAUCGACUCUUACGCCCUGAAUCUUGCGACUCUGAAUGGUGGAACCAGAGAUCUUGACUCCUCCUUACAGCGGCCUCAGUUUGGGGAGGGGCUCAAUUUCGAAAUACAGAGCACCAUCGACAUCCAAGGGCGGGCUCCUCAGACCUUUGUUGAGUUGACCAAGUCCGAUCUAUUAGAUCUCAGGGGCUUCACAGUGAAAGGCAAUGCUGGUGUCAUUGUCAAGGGACUAGGAGAUGCGGCAUGGGCUACGUUUGCCCUCGGAUGUGCGGCUGGUCCCUCGGUCAGCACUCAUCACCUUCUCACCUUCAUUUACCGCGGCGAUCCCACAUAUUUUGACAUCGAGGAGUUCCGUGGAAAUAUGAACGAAGGUCAAGUAAUCAUCAUGGUGCCAUAG